AUGCGGAGGGAAGCGCUACGGUACGAGACGGCGCUGGGUCAGAGCCUGGUGCUAGUCGGGGACGGCCCGGCGCUGGGGAACUGGAACGUCGACGCCGCGGCCAAGAUGGAGUGGAGCGAGGGCCACGUGUGGAGCACGACGGUCGAGCUGCCCCGCGGGGCCACUGCGGACUUCAAGCUCGUCCUCCUAGAGGGCGACGGGACGGCCGUCUGGGAGCAGGGCGACAACCGCUCGGCUGAGCUGGGGGAGGAUGUGGCGAGCAUGGCGAUCAACUGCGACUGGGACGACACGUCGUCCACCGCCGUCGAGGAGUACGAGGUCCUCGAGGCGGACCCCGAGGCCGCCGAGCCCACGGCGCCGGAGACCCCCAGCGCCGCCGACGACACCGCUACCGCCACGCCCACCGCCCCCGACGCCGAGGACAGCGCAGACGCAGCGGCGGCCCCCGCGCCCGCCGCGGAAGCUCCGGCGCCGGCGGCGCCCUUCGUCGACGUCGUGACGGAGUCGGACUUCGAGGCAGACUCCCCCGCCGACUCCCCCGAGGAGGACCCCGUCCCCGACGCCGCCGCGCCGGAGGCCGAGGCCGCGGCCGCCGAGGAGCCUGUCGACGCGGCUCCUGCGCCCGCCGAGGCGCCCGUGGCGGCGCGGGAGCCGGAGAGCCUGGAAGGCGCGACGUUCCUUGCGGAAGAGUCCGAGAGCGACAUGGCGGCGCCGGCGGCGGCGAUCGCGGACGCGGAGUCCGACGUCGAGGACGGUCCGCUCGGCGGCCUGGCCUCGGCCGACGAGGGGGGGGAGUCGGACGCGGAGGCCCCCGGGGGGGCCCCGGCGACGCUGGACCUCGCGUUCGAGUCCGACGCGGCCGCGGGCGAGGCCGGCGUCGACGUGGAGGCGGAGGAGGCGUCCAGGGCGGAGGCGUUCUUCGCGCGGGUGCGCGAGCGCGCCCAGAGCCCCCCGCCCGCAGCUGCUGCGGACAGCGACGAGAAGGCGGCCGCCGCGGCGGCGGAGGCAGCGGCGGCGGAGGCGGCGGCGGCGGAGGCGGCAGCGGCGGAGGCGGCAGCGGCGGCCGAAGCGGCGGAGGCGGAGGCGGCGGAGGCGGAGGCGCGGGCGGCGUUGUUCUUUGGGCAGGUGCGGGAGCGCGCGCGGGCGCCGGCGCAGCAGUUCGGCGCCGACUCCGACAGCGACUCGGACGCGGAGGUCACGGCGGAGGAAGCAGCGAAGGCGGCGUCGCUUUUGUUCUUCGACAGCGUGCGCGAGCGCACGGGCCGCACCGCGUCGGCCGACGAGGACUCGGACGACGAAGCCACCUCCGCGGACGCGGCGCUGCAGAAGCACCGCGCGGCGGCCGCGAAGGCCGAGUCCGCUGCCGCGGCCGCCGCCGCGGCCCUGCGGGAGACGGAAGAGUUGCUGAAGAAGCCGAGCGUGCCUGCGCCCAAGGUCACCAACCGGACGGGGUCGCAGGACGACGACGUCUUCGAGUACACGGAGGAGCUGCUGAAGUCGGUGGACAUCGACAUUGUGGACGACGCGGACGGACAGAAGGUGUUUCGCGUGACGGGGUCGUCGUCGUCCGACGACGAGGGGGGCGCGGCGCCUGAGAGCGAGGUCGAGACAGAGGAGGAGGAGGAGGAGGAGGAGGAGGAGGAGGCUGAGGCGGAGCCGGUGGCGGUGGGCGCGGCGCCGGCGCUGAAGUCGACGCUGGACGAGGAGGCCUCCAGGGAGGAGCGGGAGCACAUGGACGGGAUGUCGAUCGCGGUGCGGAAGGCCGGGCGGCGGCGGAGCUUCCAGCGGCGCUUGCGGCGGCAGCUGAAGUCGAAGCCGGCCACGCGCAAGCGUGUGGGCACGAGCGCACGCAGGCGCGGGGCCGUGCGGAGCUGGCGGGGCAGCUGGCUGAACCGGUACGCGGAGGGCAGCAUGGACCAGGACUGA